AUGGCCACCUUUCACUCCCUCUCCCCGUCGCUCGGGUCGCACCAAUCUCGCCAGGCUCCAGACCUGUUCUCGAUCGAACUCGAACUCGAACUGCCGCAGGACCACUUCCUGCCUGCACAAGAUAUCCAAGCCCAAGUCUGGACCAACAUCAUCCACAAACUCAACCCUGACGGGCCCGAAGUCUGGGCACCCUUACCGAUGAAGCUGUCGCAUGUAAUCCCUGGCAAGAGUAUAGCCGUCUUUGCGACCAGGCUCCAACCGACUGGUCGGGGAGAGUUUGGGUUGACAGCCAGGUGGAAGUCGCAUAAGGAUAUGGAGGAGUGGCAGUGGGCACCUACUGAGGUUCCUAUUACUGGAGGAGGGAAUGAUAAGCAGGAGAGCAACAACAACGUGUCUGCAGGAAAGGAUGACGAGGAGGGCAAGAAGAAGAAUGGGGAUGUUUCGGUGACGGUGCGUGUUCCAAGAUCGAUUGAUGGAACCAGCUCCUGGACAAUCGGACCCCAGUCGGUGCUUGUCUAUGGCGAGCAUGGUCUUCGCACCAGCGGUGUCGUCGGUGUCGGUGGACCGGGACUCUACCUGGGCAACCAUGCUGCGGCGACUCGGGCUCGGAUCUCGGGCUACGAGUCUGUGCUAUCGUUGGUCAGCGACGUGCUCGACUUUGACGAGAAGAUCCCCGAGUCCGACAAAGAUAUCAACAAGAACGCUUGGAUGGAGCAGGCAAUGGCGGCAUCGCCUCCCAAGAAGUUUUCGGUUCUUUCUCGGUCCUCGUCCGUCAAUGGCCUUGAUGGUUCUGAUGCUGAAGGUUUCCCGCAGCAGCAGACGAAUAGCGAUCAACAGGGCCAGGGUUUGACCAGACGGUCAUCGGUGACCGACUUUAUGAGGAAUUAUAUCCCUGGCUCCAACUCUGAGACCAGUAUCGCCGGCGUGGUCGAUGAGCCCGUUGAUCCCCCUCGUCUCACCCGCAAGAGCUCCGUGACCGAGAUGAUGGUCCAGGCGCCGUCCUCGUCAGGAAACUCCUCUAAACGCUUGAGUCGCUCCUCUGCCUCUGUCAGCUCGAUUGCUUCAAUUGACGAAUUCGACGCAGAGGCGCCAACCAAGUCCGCCACCACCGCUGCAAAGGCCAAUAGCAAAAGUCAUAACAAGAAGGCUUCCCACACAUCUGCUGCCACCCCUCCUAUUGCCCCCACCCCUACUGGUAAUGGUGCUACUGCUGCCACUGUUGCUGAGACCACUCCCGCUGCCACUGCUGCCACAAACUCUGCUCCUACACCACGACAAGCCAAGAGGGCCCAAAAGGCUGCAGCUACUGCCGAAAAGUCCGCCGCUGCCGCUGCCGCUGCUACUCCUCCUGCUGCCAACCCUUCAGCUGCUCUCCCUCCAGCCUCUGGCAACAAACCCAAGACCUCGACCACAGAGACCACCUCAGGUACUUCGCCCACAGUCUCCUCUCUGGCCGUCAACAGCGCCCCAACUCCUUCAACCACCACCACAGCCCCUCACCCGCUGGAUUCCUCGUUGUCGACGACCAACAGCCUCACCUCUAGCCUCGCCAACCACCUCGUGGCAUCUUCUUCUUCCGACCCCCCACCCUCAAGCGCAAAGGUCGUCUCGAGCCUCUACGACUCCCGCCAAUCCUUUGAUUCUUCCCUAAUCCUCUCCUCCCUCGCCUCCGAUCCAUCAAUGGCCGCCACGAUCAACGGUGGUGUGAAAAAGCUUCCCUUCACCCACAAGAUUAUCUCCCUUGCCCCCGGAGCGCACAACCGCAUCUCGGACGCAAUCCUCAAAGAGGCCGUCGAGUUUCUUCAGCAAGAAUUGGAACAGGGCAAGAAGGUGCUUGUCCAUUGUCGGGAUGGUAAUGGACGUAGUGGUAGUAUUGCGGUGGCGUAUAUUGCUUCCCAGUUGAAGAAGCAGCAACCGUGGAGAGAUGGUGGAGAGAUUUAUCAGCAGGCGUUGAAUGAAGUCUGGAAGUGGAAGUGUGAUGUCUACCCGCACAAGGGUCUUCGUCAGAGCGUCGAGUCCAUGCAGUGGUAG